AUGUCUCUAGCUCGAUUCUAUGGUCUGCCAAAAAUCCAUAAAGCAAAUGUUCCACUUCGGCCAAUCGUUGCCCUAAAAGGCAGCCCCACCUACAAUUUGGCAAAGUGGAUGUACUCAAAACUGAAGUUCCUCCAAGGCAAUUCGACUAGCUCGGUUCGAUCAGCCUCUCAAUUCCUCAUAGACCUCCGAGGUCGGAGGAUUCAGUCGGACGAAAUCAUGGUCUCCUUCGAUGUGACGUCGAUAUUCACGUCCAUCCCACCAAACUUGGCCCGCGAAGUCUUGCGCAAGAUACUUGAAGAGGCGUACGAUGAGACUCAGAAUGCACUCAAAAUUGAACACCUCAUGAAACUGUUUGAAUUCUGCCAACAAACUUUCUUCAUUCUUGCGGGAGAGACCUAUGAACAAAUCAAGGGAACUCCAAUGGGCUCACUGGUCUCCGGUUUAGUGACAGAACUGGUCCUACAGGAGUUAGAAAAGAUUGUCUUCAUCCAGCAUGAACCGGUGUUUUGGCGCCGUUACGCAGACGAAACGUUCGUCAUCGUAAAGAAGGGCAUGCUGCAACAUUUCCACAACCUGCUCAACGCAGUCUUCCCUGAUAUAAAAUUCACGAGGGAAGAACAGGAACCGCAGUUGCCCUCCCUGGAUGUGCUUGUCAGACGAAACCUUAACGGUGAACUUGAAACGACGGUUUAUAGGAAGGCAACGAACACCACACAGCUUCUCAGUUUUCACAGCAACCAUCCGGUGGCUCACAAACGAAGCUGUGUGAAGACGCUCUUCAAAAGAAUCCAAACUCAUUGCAGCAAACCGGAGGACAGAGCGCGUGAGACCCGUUCUCUCCGCGACCAGUUUGUGAAAAAUGGCUAUCCGAGGGCAUUCAUAAUUCGCUGCCUAAGCGGUCGCCACCAGAGAACUCGAACAUCAACACCACCGACGAUAUCGCAUUCUCGGCCAUACAUCAAGGGCGUUUCAGAAGCGACCGAGCGCAUUGCUGCAGAACUGGGUGUUGGAAUUGCACACCGCCCCAAAGCCACCAUGUGCAACAGGGUCAUGAAAAUCAAAGACUGCUUAAAGCCUGAAGAGCAAUCUGGAGUAGUGUAUCGCAUUCCGUGUCAGAAUUGUCCUUGUAACUACACAGAACAGACUGGACGCAUGCUCGGAUCGUGCAUACAUGAACAUAAGCUGGCUGUGCGACGAGGCGACGCAUUAUCACAAAUGCCCGCUCACACCUACGAAAUGGGUCACUUCGCAGCCACCGAAAUAGUCGCCCACGCCGGAAACGAAACAGGCCGAGAAUUGAUUGAAGCCUGGGCCUCGGAUGAGAACUCGGUCAAUCGAUUUAUCGAUCUGGCGCCGGCGUACAGAGUCCUGCGUAGUCACCUCCAGUCUUGCGCCGCCGGUCGAUGA